AUGGCUGAUGAAUGGGAUCAGAUUCCUGAUGAGGAGCUCGAAGAGACUUUCCUCGAAAGAAUUGAGGGACUAGGAGAAAUGUUCCCGAGUGGAUUGAGAAACCUUAUUGGAGGAACUGUGGAUCUGAGUGUUUGGGGAGUGAAAUCUUCGUUCUGGCUAGCAAGAAAUACUGUUUGGAUUGCAGCUACAACUUCUUUAAUAAUGUUCAUGCCUUACCUUAUUGAGAAGGAGAGGAGUGACUUCCAGAAGACUCAGGUUGCUCAACAACAACAAAUGUUGUUGGGACCCACCGCAGCUAUGCAAGCAGCUAAAAAAUAA